AGAGCCACAAAUAAGUUCAAGGGAGUUCGAAAAGUUUAGAGGAAACAGUAGUGGAGUGGUGGGCACAAACAGAGAGAAGGUCUAUUAAUUUAUAUAUACACUCCAAAUUUUAACAGCAAGUUGCAGUGUUAUUGGAUCAAAUUAAUUAGGAUACUUUGUUCGUGUUGGAGAAGAAGAAGCUACUCUUCCAUGGCUGCUAUAACCACUGCUUUCUUCAUCGUUACACUCACAUUUUCCCUUGUUAACUCUUCUUCUGCUGAUAAAAAACUUUAUCAACACAUGCUAUUCACUUAUUCGGGUGGCACUGGGCCGAACAAGUGGGGAAGCCUAGACCCGAAAUUCACUAUGUGCGCAAAUGGGAAAUCACAGUCUCCAAUUAACAUUGUGAAAGCUAAAGUUGUAGUUGACAAGAAGUUGAAACCAUUGAUCAGAGAAUAUAAUUCUGUAAAUGUUACUUUGGUCAAUAAUAAAUUCAAUGUUGCGGUGGUUUACCCUAGCAAUUGUGGAAAGUUGAUUGUGGAUGACAAGAAGUAUUCCUUGAAGCAAAUGCAUUGGCAUUCUCCUUCGGAGCACCGAAUCGAUGGCCAGCAGGGAGGUGAUUGGAAUUCUGUUGGCCACGCGUUCACUGAAAAAUUGAGAUUUGCUGCAGAGCUUCAUCUGGUGCACGUAGCCGACGAUGGCAGCGUUUCAGUUGUGGGCAUCCUUUUCCAGUUAGGACGCCCCGAUCCAGUUAUCGAGAAGAUACAGAACAAAUUAAGUGAAUUGGCAAAUGAGGUUCGUACAAAUAAUGAAGAAACUCCAGUUACAGUAGGACCUUUCCAUCCCACAGAAGUUAGGAAAAAUGUGCACAAGUAUUACAAAUAUGUUGGUUCUUUUACCACUCCUCCUUGCACUGAAAAUGUUACAUGGGUCAUCCUUGCAAAGGUGAGAUCAAUGUCGAAGGAACAAGUAGAGGCUCUAAAAGCUCCACUCGACACAGGAUGCAAGAAUAAUAAUAGACCGGUGCAGGAAAGCCAUGGACGCCUCGUUGAGCUUUACGAGGAGCAGCCGAACCACGUAUAGAGUUUCUAUGUUUUGUAAUCUAUAAGUUAUAUGUCGAAGAUAUAAAUUAAUAAAAUUAAUGUGUUCAAAUA